AUGUCAACGCCAGCAGCAGUUGCCGCUGACACCUUGCGUGCCAAACAGAAGCCUCUUAAGGACCAAUACCGCACUGACCCCAAGUCCGCCUUCAUAACGCUGAACUCCUCUGGCAGUCUUGAUCCAACUUCGACCUCUCUGACAUGCAGUCUAGCGUCUGCGGGCGCUGCCCAGAAAAAGGUAGCAGGGCUGCACCAAAUGGCUGGUGGGGAGGGGUUCGAAAUGAGUGGUGAGCUUUGCUCAGGGGAUAUGCUGUUGGAAUCUCUUGUUGCAUGUUACGGAGUGACGAUCCGUGCGGUCGCGACGGCCAUGGGGAUUGAGAUCAAGGGAGGCACAGUCAUCUCAGAGGGCGAUCUUGACUUCCGAGGGACGAUGGGCAUCAAGGGCCAAGACGGAGAGCAGGUCCCGGUCGGCUUCCAGCACAUUCGUGUCAGCAUUAGAUUGGAGGUUGACGCUUCAGACAAGGGGAAAGUGCCCAAGCUCGUGGAGCUCAGCGAGCGGUAUUGCGUGGUCCUGCAAACCCUCAGAAAGGGCGUCGACGUUGAAGUCAAGCUGGGACAUGUCGGACCAGCCGUGCCAGAUGCGCGGAAGGAUGAACAACUCAAUGAGAAAGUGAAUGGAUUCGGAGAAGGAAUGCAGCCGGUGGCAUCGAACGAUGAUGUACUCAAGUUGAAUUGA